AUGAUUGAUCACUCAUUAAAUGAGUACUAUUCAGCCUGUCACCUGGAUAGUGACAGCGAUGUUUCGUCCACCACUUCACCGGACGACGCUGGUAUCGGUUCAUGGUGUGCCACAUCUGUGGUAGUCUCGCCGCUCCGCGGCCGUGCUCGAAUGUUGGGUGCUCAACACUGCUCAGGCGGUGUGAACAUCCGCCACAAGCAACCGUCUUUUCAGGAUAAAGAAAACAACUUUGAACGGUGUUGUGCGGGUGACAACGAAAGGGCGUUUUCGCUAACCCGGGGUCAAACAGCUAAGCAAAUCAUCCGAACCCUGAAGCAACCUUUUAGUCCGCACCUAGUCUCUACCACCAUGGUAAAAAAGUAUAACAGUGCGCAGCGUCUCCCUCCGGUGUGUCUCCAGGAAGGCAAUGACCACGACAUGGGGAAGAAAAGCUCAGCACUGUAUCGGAAUGAAAAAGACUUUCGAGAGCUUCUUCUUUUUGAUGUGCUGUGUGUUUUAAGGUUAAGUGCAUGCAACUUUUGUGUAAAAGAAACGAACCUUGGUGAGUCGUAUAGCAUGGGCAAUAGCAACACCAAGCAUUCUGCCGUGUGGAGACUCAAGCCCGAGGUACGUGACCAACUACUUUCCGAAAAAGGCAGGGCCAUGUAUCUGAGCUCAUUGCAGAGGCUACUGGGCAUCGCUGACGAUGUCCAUGCACUCCAAGCACAACUUGAUGCUUUUUAUGAACAACACCAGAGGAUAUCGGCAGAGGCCGAUUCAACGUAUACGCUGGAGGCCGCGUUUUUCUCCGGCAAGAGCAACAUUGGGGCGUGCACGGUCCAUGCGGAUCGUGCGAUCGGUUUUACAUCCCUUAAUGCUCUCCUUCGAUUAGCGGAGCUUGUGAGCGCAUGGAUACUCGAAUUUAAAUCCUGGGUCUUUCGGCUUCAGGAGGAUCUUUUGGGACACUUCGGAUCGUAUGAACCAAUGGAACCGUCCAUGAAAUGUCCAGAGAUGGUGGGGCUUCGUGCGAGCCACUUCAAUACCACAGUCAGCGAGACACCAUGUCCUGUUUCUCCUUUCGUAAAGGACCUCCUCCCAAAGGACGAGGAAAAGGAACUACUCCAUUUAGCACCCCAACAGUGUUCUCUAGAAGGAGUGAGAAAAAUACAUAAAACCGAGGAGACACCCACCGGUACUAUUCUAAGAGCGCAUUCCGUGAACACUGGGUAUGUUUUUCUCGAUAAUCUGUGUCUUCCCCAAAUUGUCGCUGCGGUUGAACACAAUGGCAUCCUCCUGCAGCGAUGCCUGAUGAUCAUCAACAAGAGCAAUUGCUUUAAUGCAUUUCAAACAAGGCUAGAGGACUCCGGUGGUGUGGCAACAGAUGGAGGGAGAUCUGAAAAGAACAAUGAGGAGGGCACUUCUGGUAAACCCCCUCGGACCGAGUUUGCCUUCUUGAACCAAUGCACCGAGCUCGGGGCUGCACUACUUGACCAUCUCAUCAUUCAGCUCAGUGCGCUACAACAUCCCAGUGCUAUGGAUUUGUAUCGUUUGUAUUUAUCGCUGCUUAUUCACUGCUCUUGGCCAUAUGUUAUUCUUUCGACAUCCGCCAUGUUUGGCUUUGUCUACGGCAUCGACUCACAGAAAUGGCGUCAAUUACUGCCGCGCCUCUUUCGCUCUUCAUUCUCACACAUUCGUGUUGGUGGUGCACACCGGCGUUACCCAACCGAUGUCUUAUCGUUGAUUUUGAGCUGCGUCGACUAUCAAAAAAGUGCCGUUUCGUUGGAACCUCUAAAAACUCUUUCAAUGCUUUCGUCUGCGCGGCGAUUCAUUUUACACAAUUUUCAAACCUUUGCGAAAGAAAAACGCCAUCACACAAUGCCAAAGAAUCAUUGCGAGAGACCAAACACUUACACUGGACCAGCUUUUUCUGAAACGAAUCAAAAUGAGGAAGCUAUGAAAAUAUGCCGGACGACAAAUUUGAACACACGGGAUGUUCUUCACCCACAAGUCGACUACUCUUGGCAUGCGUCUAAGCGUGAAAACGAUGGUGUUGACGCGGUAGGCCUGCAUUUAGCAUCCUUCUUGGAACCCCGAAGAGCGUUGCCGCUGUGUUUUGCCACUAUAUCAUCUAAUCCAGUGGUGGGCCAUAGCAGCUUUUGUGUUGCAAAGGAAGAUCCAGGAGGGAACGACGAUAAGGCUUCGAAUCAUCAUCGGGGCUCGUUUUGGUAUCUUCAGGUCUCUGACUUGGAGACGUUUCCUGAGCUUCGCUUGACUAAACGGUUGUCCGAUUUAAAGACAGGUCCUAUCGAUGGGCAGAGUGGGAAGGGAGGGGGCGCGGAAGGCGGCUCAGACCUUGACAAGAGUCUCCUUUGGAUGGAUAAGACGAUGCCGGCUGCCAGGUGGAUUGCCGCCGCACUGCUUAUUCCCAUCGGGGUUGUAGUACAGCAACUCCAACAGCGACGGGCGGCAAGACUCUUCCGAAGUUUAGACCCGGCUUGCCUACCUAGUCGAUCUAAAGGAUCCCAGCGUCUCCUUGAUAUAUUCAUUCAGUGGCCUGACGAGCAGGACGACCACUUGCUCGCUGGUGAGGUGUCUUUCGAGGACUAUCUUGAAACAGGAAAACCCCAGUCAUUGAAUUCAGCAGAAAUAGUUGGGCUCCGAAACAGUGGCGUAACGUUCUCGCCCCUUCCUCGGUCAUUAGUUUCCUUUAAUCUUGCUCACGCGUUAGAUCUGCUCCUCGAUGUGGCGUUGUGUCGAGACAAGGCCUGCAUCCUCGAAAGUUUCCUGGAGCGUCUUUAUGUAGAGCCACGCUGGUGGCAACGCACGAGUACUUGUCGAAACUUUAGCGGUGGCUGUGGUGGUUCUGCUAAGGGAACUGCUUCCACUUUCAUCAGCAAUCUCUUCACCGAAGCGCUUCGAGGAAAACCAUAUGGAAAUCUGGUGGAGUUGUGUAUUUUACCCAAACGGAAAAAAAUAGCGGCUCCUGAAAUGGUCAACUCUCGCGGUGUGUCGAAAAUCGUUGACCCAUGUGCCGAAGCUUAUGUUGAGGUGGAUGCCGAGAAAGGCUCUUGCGACAAGAAUCUUCUCGGAUACGAAAUGCUGGAUGUGUUUGAAUCUUUUCAGCUAAUUUUUCAUUUUCCCGAAGAACUGGAAUUGAUUCUUCUCCCUAAGAAGCUUUCUGUUCGGCUUGGGAGUGAGGCCGGUGCUGUUGAGAGGACCUACGCGACAUUGUUUUGGGGAAAACGCCGCGGGGGAGUGACCGAUAGCCCCUGGGAUGAUAAGCAGCUUCACCACGAUCCCACUACGAGCAGUACCAUAGCAGGUAGGGGAAUUGGGGAUGUGAAUGAUGCUAGGUCGGACGAUGUGUGGAGCUCGGCGUUUGGGUAUAUGUGUGCUCUCCAUUUUACCCAAAUCACGUUGCGGGAACAUCGCAAGUUGUUGCAUAUCCGAGAUACCCAAGACAACCAACUCCUUUCCAUCUUGGGCCGCCCGAUCCCUUUCGCUUCAUCGACUCCUAUUAGUGGCAACCGCAACCAUAGCGAGGCAAAUUCACUACAAUAUGUUGCCCGCAGUCUUGGCAGUUCCUAUUAUUUGCUUUCCUUUGCGGUGGAUACAUUUCUUACCUUCACACAGAACGAAGUUGCAAUUGCGAUUUAUAAGCUGGAGCAUUUGUUUACAAAGGCGGAGACCCCCAAUUCUACCAUUCAGCUUUGCCAAGAGCUCGAUACGGCUCUGGUGAGGGUUGAGUACAUUUGCUUCCUGGCAGGACAUAGCACUGCCUCGCUUUAUAAUCAUUCACUUCAAAGAGGUACGGACAAGGCUAGAGGCAUCGACACCGAGGUGGAUGUCAGGCACGUGUUGCGUGCCCAUAUUCAUACCAUUUUGUCUUUGGCUCUGGACCCGUCUCGUAUGCCACCCAAGUUCCUUGGAACGCGUUCUAGAAAUGCUAUAGAGGCCCUAGUGGCACUCGUAAGCGCGCUCCAGGACUUCUCCUUAUUGAAGAAUCGAUUACGGCCGCUACUGGUUUUGUUAACUUUCAAUAAUUUCUUCGGCUCUAAUAAUUGUACUUCUUUUCGGUUUAGGUGA